UUCCUGGUAAUGAUAAGCCUUAGAUGUGUGGUUUGGUUUUAGAAUGUUACUGUGUUCAUGAGGAGUUUGAUUGCUGAGUAUACGGGUUAGAUGGUGAUAGUUGGACAUACGUCAGACAUCCAUGUAUGGUUCCUUGCCCAGGAGUGCUAAUGGGUAGAUUCAUUUCGACUUUUAUUGUGGACUUGAUUAAGCUCCAGCAUAAAUUUCUCGACUUGUUAUCUAGUUAAACCUUUAUAGUGUACUGUACAAUAUGUCUUAAACGGAAAGUAGGGUAUAACCCUUUGCAAAAGGUGUAAUUUGAAUGUUGCUUAGAGAUGGUAAAGGAGGAAUUUGAUUUGGUUUGAUUUGACUGAUAUCUGUGUAAUUUUUUUUAUCUAUUGUGCUGCUCUUCUUGCAAAAUUACUUAUUUUUACCCCUUCCUCGUGAUGAAGUGUCUGUGACAUUUAAGUUACCUAUUGUGCGCAUAAACCCAAAUUUGUAUAUUGUUUUUUGUUGAUGAGGUUAGUUGUGUGGCAUAAUAACACACCUUACAUAAUAGACUGUGGAGUAUAAUCAAAACAGAGAGAUGGAUGUCACUGAGAAGCCAGCAGAGAGAUUGCCAGAUGAGUCUGUUGCCACUCUUGUUGAUGCCAGCAUAGAACAGCAAGAGCCAUCCCUUCCGAGUGAGGAUAAAGAGGAUAAAAAACAUAGCACGAAUGGGCAAUUGGUUGCUCUGCAGACUGACAAUGACAAGACUCUUACAUUACCGAGUGAUGUUCCCAUGAAAGAAAGUCAUGAAAUGCCUGAGAAGGCCAAUGAUGGAGUUGCUGCUGCUAAUGGUGCUAAGGAAAAGGUCGGUCCUCUAGAUGAAAACCAGGAAAAUAAGAACGAGGGCAUGACGCGUGACCAAGACCGGAAUCAGUCAGAAAUUUCCCAAAAACUUCAUCAUGAGGAAGUAGCAACUCCAAAAGCUGAGGAAGUAGUAACUCCAAAGGCUGAGGCGGAGAGCAUGAGAAAUUCCAACAAUUGGUUGAUUGAUCCCAAGAUGGGGAUGGCGGAUGAAUCCGGGACUGUGGAGGAGCAAGCGGCAUUUAUGAAGGAACUGGAAAGGUUUCACAAGGACAAGGCCUUGGAAUUUAAACCACCUAAGUUUUAUGGAGAGCCACUGAAUUGUCUGAAGUUAUGGAGAGCUGUCAUUAAACUUGGUGGCUAUGACGUGGUGACUGGAUCCAAAUUGUGGCGUAUAGUAGGAGAGUCUUUCCAUCCCCCAAAGACCUGCACGACAGUCUCUUGGACAUUUCGAAUUUUCUAUGAGAAGGCUCUUUUGGAAUAUGAAAGGCAUAAGACACAAACUGGUGCACUCCAAUUACCUGCCGCACCCAUCCUUCAACCUACAAGCAUUGAAAAGGAGGCAAACCAAUCUUCAGGAUCAAAUAGGGCACGCAGGGGUGCUGCAUCGCGUGCUAUGAAGGGUUGGCAAUCUCAGCGCUAUCUUGAAUAUGGCGAGGACAAAAACUCUGCCCCUACAACGAAGCGUGAAAGGAAUCUCAAAAGCAUAGGUUUACCUAGAGAGAAGACAGCAACUGCUUUGGAGCACGGGGAGAGAGCUGUUCAUCAUGAGGCAGAUAAGCAGAUUAUGACGAGUGUCGUUGAUGUUGGACCUCCUGCUGAUUGGGUGAAGAUCAGUGUUCGGGAAGCUAAAGAUUGCUUCGAAGUAUAUGCUCUGGUCCCUGGCCUUUUGCGUGAAGAAGUGCGAGUUCAGUCAGAUCCAGCUGGACGUCUAGUUAUAACAGGUCAACCAGAGCAGCUCGAGAAUCCUUGGGGCAUCACUCCCUUUAAGAAGGUUGUGAGCUUACCAUCGAGAAUCGACCCACUGCAGACAUCAGCUGUUGUUAGCCUUCAUGGCAGACUCUUUGUACGCGUACCUUUCGAACAAGGAUCGGCAUUAACUUAAUAUAUGAAUAUUAAAGUCCUGUCAUUUGUUAUUGCUUGGAGGCUGUCUCAGAGCAGAUUGAGUAUGAAUGUCAGUUUUGCAAUCACAUUUGACUCUCCUCAGUCUUCAGAAGGGAAGAAAAAUGAGGAUCCUGUUAAUGAUCUAAAAAUGUACCACGUGUUACGUGCAAGCUAUGUCUAUUUGAAUUUCACGUCCUGCA